AACGCCCCUCCGUUGCCAGGGAACAGGGGUGGGGAAGGGGCGCGUUGCCAUGGCGACGGCCGGCGGCCGCCAAGCGGAGCGGGAUGCCCACCAGCAUCCCGGCGCCCCGCGCCCGCUACCGCAGGAAGGCGCAGGGCUCCACAGCGGAGGAUGAGCUGCUCUUCGGGAAGAAGCAGCCCCCGCAGCCAUCGCGCCCCGACAGCCCCAUCGUGCUCCUUCAGGAUGUGAGGACAGCCCCCAAAGCGCUGUCCCUUGGCAGGUACAAGCCCAAGACCACCCGUAUCAUCACCAAGGACUUCAUCCGUGAGCUCAUCACCCCUGAGGAGAAGCCCCCAGCAUCCCUCAUCAUGACUUCGGAGGAUUUCCAGCGCAUUAAAGCAGCAGCUCAAGUGCUGAGCAAGGAGGAGCGUGAGGCCAAGCUGGCAGCCCUCAAAGCGGCGAAGGAGGCUGCUCUCGAGGCAUCGAGCCAGCGCAAGGCGGCAGCGGAGCAGGCAGCGGCCGUGCAGGAGCAGACGGGGAAGCUGAACGAGCUGGAGGAGGCGGCGCAGGAGCGGGCCCAGCACGUGCUGCAGCGGGCCAACAGGAUGCGCAUGGAGCAGGAGGAUGAGAUCAAGGAGUUCAGUGAGCUCAUCCUCGGUGCCAAGUGCCACAUGAUCCGCAACGCACAGAUCCUGGAGAAGCAGAUCAUCACCAAGGAGCUGGACGAGGAGGAGAAGCGCCUGGACAACAUGAUGGAGGUGGAGAGGAAAAAGGCCGAGGAGAUGCAGGAGGAGCUGGAGCGCAGGCGGAAGCAGGAGAUGAUCAGAGGGAGACAGGAGCUGGUGAGGCAGAUCGAGCAGAACGCGGAGGAACGGGCUCUGAGGGCUGAGCAGCGGGACCAGGAGGCGCAGGAGAUGCGGCAGUACCUGGAGCGGCUGAAGCUGGAGGAUCAGAAGGACAUGGAGCGGAGGCAGGAGCAGCACAAGCAAAUCCAGGCUGAGAUUAAACGUGUCAACAACGAGAACCAGAAGCUCAAGGCGGAGCAGCAGGAGCUGGAGCGGCUGGAGGACGAGCGGGUGCUCGAGUACCAGAGGCAGAAGCUGGAGCGCGAGGCCAAGCUGGAGGCCGAGCAGGAGAAAAUCCGUGUGGAGAAGGAGAAGGAGAUGGCGCGUCUGAGAGCCAUGCAGGAGAGAGCGCAGGACCACCAGGCAGAGCAGGACGCUCUGAGAGCCAAGCGCAGCCAGGAGGCCGCGGAGCGCGAGUGGCGGCGCAAGGAGAAGGAGACGGCGCGGCUGAAGGCGGAGGCCGAGGCGCGGCUGAAGCAGAGCCGCCUGGAGCAGAUCGCGCAGCGGGAGCACGGCAUGGCCGUGCAGGCGCAGCAGGACCGCCACGAGUUCCAGAGGAUCCUCCGGGCGCAGCAGGAGCAGAUGGAGAAGGAGAAGGCCGAGGAGGUGCGGAAGGCAGCGGAGCGCCGGGCACACGCCAAGGCCGUGCGGUGCCAGGUCCGGGAGCGGCAGCAGGAGCUGGUGCAGGAGCGAGCGGCCGCCUUCGAGGAGUUCAAGCGCCUGCAGGAGGAGGCCCAGCGCCACAGCCAGCGCAUCGCCCGCUUCAAGCAGCAGAAGCUGCAGGAGCUCAGAGACUCUGGUGUGCCCGAGAAGUUCUGUGCCCAAGUGGAGCUGAGGGACCAGCACCGAGCCAUCAUAGCUUCAGGCCGGGCCCGGCGCGGCAUGGGGCUGGGCUCCAGCAAGGGGCUGAUGCUUUCUUAGGCUGUUUUCUACCACUAGCAAUGUUUAUGGAGCAGA